AUGUCUUUCGGCAAGCUCUACGGCCAGGCUAUCAACCCCCGCACCAUCCCCAUCUUGGUCGCGGCGAAGGCCAACGACCUUGAUCUGGAGCUGGUCCAGGCGGAGAACAAUGCCAAUGCUGAGUUCAACAAGUCUGCUGAGUACCGCAAGCUGAACCCGCUUGGCAAGAUCCCUACCUUUGUCGGCGCGAACGGCUUCGUCCUGACUGAGGCCAUUGCCAUUGCAAUUUACGUCACCUCCCAGAACGAGAAGACCACUCUGCUGGGCAAGACCAAGCAGGACUAUGCUUCCAUCCUGCGCUGGAUGUCCUUUGCCAACUCGGAGCUGCUGCCCCGCUUCGGUGCCUGGUACCGUCCCUUGCUCGGCCUGGACCCGUACAACAAGAAGGCUGUUGAGGAGGCCUCCAAGGCUGCGCUUACGACUGCUGCCGUCCUGGAGUCUCACCUUACCGCCAACACCUUCCUCGUUGGUGAGCGCCUGACCCUCGCCGAUAUCUUCGUUGCCGGUAUCUUUACUCGUGCCUUUGCCCUCGUCUUGGACAAGGAGUUCCGCGAGAAGCACAUUGCUAUCACCAGAUGGUUCCUGACCGUCGUCAACCAGCCUGUCUUCAAGGCUGUCGUUGAGAACCCCGUCCUCGUUGACGAGGCCAUCAAGUACACUCCCCCGAAGAAGGAGGAGAAGCCCAAGAAGGAGGCUGCCCUAAGCAGCAGCAGCAGCAGGAAACCCAGGAGGAGGAAGAGGAGCCUAAGCCCGAGCCCAAGCCAAAGCACCCUCUUGAGGCUCUGGCGCAAGUACUCCAACGAGGAUACCCGCCCCGUUGCCCUGCCCUGGUUCUGGGAGAACUACAAGCCUGAUGAGUACUCUCUGUGGCUUGUUGACUACAAGUACAACAACGAGCUCAAGCUCACCUUCAUGGCCAACAACCUUAUUGGCGGUUUCUUCAACCGUCUUGAGGCUUCUCGCAAGUUCCUCUUCGGUGCUGCCUCGGUGUAUGGCCAGAACUAUGACUGCCUCAUCCGAGGUGCCUUCCUCGUCCGUGGCCAGGAGCACCUGCCUGCCUUUGACGUGGCUCCCGACUGGGAGAGCUUCGAGUUCAAGAAGCUGGACCACACUAAGGAGGAGGACCGCAAGUUGGUUGAGGACUUGUGGGCUUGGGAUGUUCCUGUCGUCAGGGACGGCAAGGAGUUCCCUUGGGCUGAUGGUCAUGUCUUCAAAUAA